UCUCUCUCUCUCUCUCUCUCUCUCUCAAUAUUUCAAUUUGCAACACAUGACACCAAGCCUAAAUAACUUUCUGGGGUUUGGAUGUUUUGGAGUCGGACUUGUUUCCAACUUUGCAUACCAGAUGGGGUUCUUCGGUUAGCUGCCUGAAGCUCAAAGCUGCUAUCUUGGGGAGCUCAUUGUUCCAAACCCAACCUUUUGUCCUUGGAAAAAACAAAAACAAAAAAUGGUAUGGAUGUGGAAGCUCCUUGAAAUCAAAGAAAAUGGGGUUUCUUCAAUUCCCACGUUCCCACCAUACUUUGUUCCUCAGCUUCCUCCCCCACCCCCAAAUCUCCAAUCAAAUAGUUUGAGUUUUGGGAACAAAGUCAGUCCAAGCAUACUGCUAAUAGUCAUAAUAGUAGCCAUUGUUUUCUUUGUUGCUGUGCUGCUCCACCUCCUUGUUAGAUUCCUCCUGAGGCCUCCAGCCAGAGAUUCAGAGGACUUGGAGAGUGUGACAGUUCUCCAAGGGCAACUGCAGCAACUGUUCCGCCUCCAUGAUGCAGGCGUCGACCAGUCCUUCAUAGACGCCCUCCCUGUCUUCUACUACAAAGCCAUCAUUGGAUUGAAAAACCCUUUUGAUUGUGCUGUCUGUUUGUGUGAGUUUGAGGCUGAGGAUAACCUCAGAUUGCUCCCCAAAUGCAGCCAUGCCUUCCACAUGAAGUGCAUUGACACUUGGCUCUUGUCUCACUCCAGUUGCCCUCUCUGUAGAGCUACUUUGCUCCCUGAUUUCUCACGCAGCAAUGGCUGCUCACCCAUUGUUUGUCUUGAAUCUGGGAGUGACAGCUCCAGAGAGAUGGUCUCUGAUAGAGAUGGACUCACUUCCCAUCUGGGUUUUCAUGGAGACAUGGAAUUGGGGUUGUCAUACAAAUCUUGCGAAAUUGUGGCGAAAAAUGAGGCUAACACGGCGGUGAUGGUGGAUUCCGGGAAAAAGGUAGUGCCUGUGAAGCUUGGGAAGUUCAGAAAUGUGGAUAGUGGGGGUGAGGGGAGUAGUGACAGCAAUGUGGAUUCAAGGAGGUGCUUUUCUAUGGGCUCAUUUGCGUAUGUGAUGGAUGACAAAUAUGAAUUGCGAGUACCGAUUAGAGCCUCGAUGAAAAGGCAAGCAAUGUCGGAAUGCGAUUGUGAGUCGAGGAGAGAAUUCAAGUUUAGUGGGGUCGAAGCAAUUGGAAGCCUUGAAACUCAAGGAACUAGUACUGGCGCUAGUUGUACUAAUGGCAAUGGCAGUAAUGGCAUUGGGAGGAGCAUGCGGGAGAGCUUCUCGAUAUCGAAGAUUUGGCUUAUGGGGAAGAAGGAGAAGCCAAAUGGGGCGGCAGAUUCGUCACGAAGGGCCUUUUCGUUUCGGUUUCCAGUGCACCAGAGUGCGGUGGCGGCAGGGGAGGGAGCGAAGGCCAAGAAUGUUGGGAGUGAGAGUAGGAGGACAAUUUCAGAGAUUGAAAUUGGGAGGUAGGAAAAUGGAGGGAGUGAAGUGGGUUGUGAUCAGGACAAUGUUAGCUGUAACAGUUUGGAUUCACAAGCAAAUCCACCAUCUUUUGCAAGGAGGACGCUGGUGUGGCUUACGGGAAGACAUUUGAACAAAGUUGUUUAUUCAUCACUUGAUCCUAGUGUUUAUUAGUAUUUAUUUGUUUUAAUUUAUUUGAUUUUGAUUUUUUUAGAUGGAUAAAUUAUUAUUUUUUAUUACUGCUUUCUGGAAGGUAUAUUUUGGUGUUGUGUAAUUGGGAAAUGAAGCGGACUUUGAGUAGAGAUAUUAACACA